AUGGCUGAGAAACAAGUCUGGCUUGUGACAGGAGCUUCCCGUGGCCUUGGGCUCGACAUAGCCAGAACUGCCCUGAAAGCUGGACACACGGUCAUCGCAGGCUAUCGUAACAAAGCCAAAACUCCCGCCUUCGCAGAGAUCGAAGCCCUCGGCGGAACAUGGCUCCAGCUCGAGAUGGCUGGGGACGACGUGGAAUCACAGGUCCAGUCUGUCGUUGCGCUCCAUGGGAAAAUAGACGUCCUAAUUAACAACGCCGGAUGGAUCAUGCUUGGAAGCAUUGAAGACACGGACUUCGACCAUAUCGAUAGUAUAUUCAGGACCAAUUUCCUAGGCCCUCUACGUACGAUCAAGGCCGUUCUACCUUCUAUGAGGGCACGCCGUUCGGGAACCAUCAUCAACGUUAGCAGCUCGUCAACUUUGGAGAUGGUCCCGGGUCUAGGUAUCUACGCAGCAACCAAGUUUGCUCUUGGAGGUAUUACCGAGACGCUCCAGGCAGAAGUCGCCGCGUUCAAUAUUCGCACAUUACUCGUCAUCCCUGGAAAUAUGGAUACCGAGGCGCGAGAGCCUUCCGGCGCAGGCGUUCACCUUCCCUUGAGCGAGACUUACAAAGGCACUGUUCUCGAGCAGGUAGAGCAGUUCCUCCUUUCGCCCGCAUCUCUCGAUUCGGCUUCGAAACCAGCCGCUGUCGCGCAGCGAAUCAUCGAGGCGGUUGACGGCACGGGGGUUUUCUUCGGGAAGAAGUUAAGCCUCGUUCUCCCCCUUGGGAAAGAUACUAGCUCUAGUCUGGAAAAACGGGCUGCUAUGUACCAGGAUCUCGUAAAGGACACGAAGGAGGUGUCUGAAAGCGUCUAA